UCGCCUUCUCUUUAUUCUCUUCUUCCUAGCCGCCGCUCUCUAACACUCUCUCUCUUUCUCUCCGACUCUUUUGCGUGAAUGCUUCCUGUUUCUUUACAGUGCCAUCCAUAUCUGAAUCAAACUCAGUCUCGUAACACAACUCUUACCCGAUGAACUCUGCAAGCCGAGGAAGAAUGCCUCAGGUGAAGAUAAUCGCGAAGAAUUUCAUGGACAUGGUGGCCUCCUUGCCCGCCAUGAAGCUCGACAAGCUCUACGAGAACGCUUUCAUCUGCGGAGCCAUUCUCAGGUCUCUGCCACCUCUGGCCAAGAAGUAUGUUAUACAGAUGUUGUACAUUGAUGUUCCAAUAACAGCCAAGUCUAUGGAGGAGUGGGUGUUUCCAGAUGGGUCCUCAAUGCAUAGAGUCGCGAUUGAUAGGUUGAUUAAGUUACGGAUAUUCACUGACACUGCUGACAGGAGAAGGGAAACAACUUACAGAAUUAAUCCAACAUUCCAGACAAACCUCCAAAAGCUUUUAACACUUGGCGAAGUUUUACCAAGGGAACCAAUGCCUUCUGACAUAACUGUGAGGCUCCCAAGCUUGGAGGAUCUUGAGGUUUAUGCCCUUGAACAAUGGGAGUGUUUCUUGCUCCAACUUAUAAACUCGGCGCAAGCUGAAAGGCCAUCAAAUAUCAGCUCUUCUAUGAUGAGAAUUUUGCAGCGAGGGCUUUUGAGUCAAAGGGAGAAAGGGGCUCCACGAUUAACUGAAAGUGUUUUCCAGUUCUUGUUGAUGGACACAAAUGCACAACUUUGGUACAUCAUCAGAGAAUACAUCUCUAAUUCUGAGGAGCGAGAUGUGGACCCAGCCGAUUUGAUUUCAUUCUUACUAGAGCUUAGUUGUCAUGUCACAGGAAAGGCAUAUAAUAGUAACACAUUGACGGAGAUUCAGAAGAGUUGGAUCAAGGACCUCACAGACUUGGGAUUGGUUAAACUUCAGCAGGGGAUGAACGAGAGUUGGUUUAUACCUACUAAAUUAGCUACCAAUCUUUCAGUGUGCUUAACAGAUUCAUCAUCACGGAAACAAGGAUUUGUGGUUGUGGAAACAAAUUUUAGGUUGUAUGCAUACUCAACUUCAAAGUUACACUGUGAAAUUCUACGUCUUUUCUCAAGGAUAGAGUAUCAACUUCCAAAUCUUAUAGUGGGAGCAAUCACAAAAGAAAGUUUGUAUAAUGCUUUUGAAAAUGGUAUUGCAGCAGAGCAGAUUAUUACUUUUCUUCAGCAGAAUUCCCAUCCUCGUGUAGCAGAGAGAAUGCCAUCUAUACCCGAAAAUGUCACGGAUCAGAUUAGGCUGUGGGAAUCAGAUCUGAACAGGGUUGAGAUGACUCCUGCACAUUAUUAUGAUGAAUUUCCUUCUAGGGACGUGUUCGAGGCUGCUUGUGACUACGCACGGGAAUGGAACGGAUUGCUGUGGGAGGAUUCGAAAACCAUGCGUCUAGUUGUCAAGGCAGAAAUACACAUGCAUAUGCGAGAGCAUUUGCGUCGUCAAAAGUAGUAGGCCAGAUAUUUAGGGCUGGGUAUCGGUCAUAUCGGUUUGGUUAAUGAGCUUAUCGGCCAGUUAACCGAUAGUGAUAGUCAAAUCCUAACCGAUUACCGACUGAUAAAAAAUGUUAACCGAAAAUUAUCGGUCAUAUCGGUAAUGGGUUAACCGGUCGGUUAAGUCGGUUUGGGCUUUUGUGGGCUUUUUAUUGGGCUUUUAACUAGUUGUUAAUUGGGCCAAAAAUUAAUUGUUUUGGAGGCCCAAAUAUGUUUUGUUGGGCUAAAGCCUAAAAUAGCUUAUUAAAAAUUAGUUAUUUUUUAGUAUAUUUUUGGCUAAAAUAGCUUAUUGAAGCAUUUUUUUUUUUUUAAAAAAUAUAAAUAAAUAUAAAUAUAAAAUUAUAAAAAAUUAAAAAUUAAAAAACUUAUCGGUUUUUCGAUAAAAAAUUAUUAACCGACUGAUAAGCUUAUCGGUAUAAAAUUUUUAACCAAUUACUGACCGAUAAUUAUCGAUUACGGUUACUAUCGGUUCGGUUAAAUUCGGUAAUCGAUAACCGGUUAAUAUGUCUACCCCCACAGAUAUUGUUUUAUUGGUCCUAAUGGAAUUAAUGGCGAACAAUAUAUUUUAGGCAGUACAACAUGCAACCCUACAUGCUGUGAGGUUUGUUGUGUACAUUUUGGGGCUGGCAUUAAUCAGAUUCUUCCUUUUCAGUCGAUUUAUGCUCGAUUCAGAUUAUCAUAUUUGCUAAUAAAGCUGUAACUGAAGUCAUGCAUCAUGGAAAAUAUUCUAGAAAACAUUAUCAAGAAAAUGGAAGGUUGAUUCUACACUGCAAUCAGAAGCUGGAAAAUGUUGCAUUCGGGAAGAGUUGGACCAAAUAGAGUUCCAAGUACAAACAUUCUCCAGCGCUUAAAUGUUUUUGUGAGCAAUGUAAACAACAGAAUUUGCUACUUGUGAUGAAAAGAACAGGUUUGUAUUGCAGAUCAUGCGAGUUCAAUUUCCUGUUUAAUGAAAAUAAGCAUGAUUUGUUUUAGACUAAAUAAAGGAAGUUAAUUGUGAUUUU